CCCACUCCGCCGCCUUCUCACGCUCCGCCACGUGUCAGUUAAUCCACCGCAAUAAAUAACGCAGCAUCCUAUAGUCCGACCAACAAAUCAAAUCAAAAUCGUCGAAAAUGGACGGCCCAGAUAUCGUCACGGUUAAGAGGGAAAGAUCGGUUUCGAAUAGUGAGGCUGACGUCAUUAAGAUUAAGAGGAGCCAAACACCCGAUGAUAUCAUGUCAGCCAUUCUCAAGGAGGAAAACAGGAAGAGGGAGAAACGGCAUGUCUCUCAUGGCUGCCAUUUAGUGGAAGGGAAAAUGAAGCAUGGAAUGGAGGACUGUUUGGUCGCGACGUGCAAGAAAAUCGACGGCCACGACCUCGGUUUAUACGCCAUUUUCGACGGCCAUUCCGGCCGCGAUGUCGCCCAAUAUCUACAAACUCACCUAUUUCAUAAUAUAUUGAAUCAGCCUGAUUUUUGGAGAAGCCCAAAAGAAGCAGUUAGGAGGGCUUAUGAGGAGACGGACAAAGAUAUCCUCGAGAAUGUGGUGGGUUCCCGAGGCGGUUCAACUGCGGUGACGGCGAUAGUGAUCGACGGAGAGAAGGUGGUUGUGGCGAACAUUGGCGAUUCACGCGCCGUGGUGUGUAGAAAUGGGGAGGCGAAGCAGGUGUCGGUGGACCAUGAGGCCUUGAAGGAGAAGAAAAUGGUUGAGAGCAAGGGCGGGUUCGUGUCCCAUAAACCGGGGAAUGUGCCGAGGGUGGACGGGCAACUUGCAAUGACGAGGGCGUUUGGAGACGGGCGGCUCAAGGCUCACAUUACAUCGAGACCGGAUAUUGCUAUAGAGACGAUUGAUGAACACACAGAGUUCAUUGUAUUAGCGAGCGAUGGAGUGUGGCAUGUAAUGUCGAAUGAAGAAGCUGUGGAUUGCAUAAGAGGAAUGAAGGAUGGUGGUGAGGCUGCAAAAGACUUGAUCAAUCAGGCACUUUCAAGGGGCUCCAAAGAUGACAUUUCAUGCGUCGUUGUCUUGUUUCAAGAUUGACAAUAUUUUACAUAUACUCUAAAAUAGACUAAUGUUUUGUCUUUUCUA